AUGAAAACCACGAGCUUUACGCAGGUCGUUGCUAGCGUUCUGCUGAUGGCGCUUGCUACAAAUUGCCAGGUACUGCAUGCUUCAAGUUGCCAGGCAGAAGGUGUCACGCGAACGGUGUUACAACAACACGACAUUGACGUUCCUGGCAAAGAUACCGUUCAAGACAUUGUCGAUUUCGGUCCUGGAACCACCUUUCCAAGGCAUACUCACCCUGGGGAAGAAGUCAUAUAUAUCCUUGAUGGGUUGCUCGAAUAUCAGAUCGAUGGCAAGCCGGCGGUGACAUUAAAAGCUGGAGACGUUUUCUUUGUCCCGGCUGGGGUUGUUCAUUCGGUGAGGAAUCUCGGUAACAGCAGCGGGAGCGAGCUUGCGACCUAUAUCCUCGAAAAGGGGCAACCGCCAGUUACAUGUGUUCAGUGA